AUGUGGUCUUUGAAGCUCCGAGAUUCUGAUUCGAAGUACCGAGAGAUCAACAACAAUGAUGGAGAAGAUACAUCGCUUCCAGUGUCUGAAGAUCAUAGACAUUGGAAUCUUCUCCUGUACAUUGUGAUUUCAAUCCUUGCAACUGGGUGGACUACGACCACAAUUCUCUAUUGGAAAUCAUCUGCUAUUGCUCCGACAUUUAAUGGCAAGUUCCAGCUCGGGACAUUCACGCCUAUUCCAGAGGACGUCUUCAAGCCGGUGAGAAAGGUAUUUCAACCUGAUGAAAGAUAUAUUGGAAAUUCGAGAGAAGUGGAUCACCAUUGGGAUGACUUGGUAGCUGGCCAUGACGCCGUCUGGAUCGAAGACCCCGACAGAUGGAGUUUGCCCGAGGGCAUUGUCGCGCCAUUUGAUCAUCCACACGAAACCGAUCCCCCACAACAUGAUUUCUAUGUGGUCUCGAUCCUUCACCAGCUUCACUGUCUAAACAUGGUUCGCUUUCAGUUCUGGCAGGCCCGGGAUGGUGUCGAUCUCGAUACCGAACAUGAUGCGGUCAAAUGGAAUUUGCAUGUCUUGCAUUGCUUUGAAUAUCUCCGACAAGCAAUUUCGUGUGGAGGAGAUCUAAUUAUAGAGGGAUCAAGCCCAAUCAAAGUUGGAGAGGGGCAUGCUACUUCUGUCACUGGCUGGGGGGUUGAACACGACUGUAUUGAUUUUGAACUACUGCGACAGUUUCAGAUUGAACAGGAAAGAAAAUACAAUCUAACCUGGCAGCAUGAUUUCCAUGGAUGA